UCCCACCUUCCAGGGCAGUUCUAGUGAACAGAAACAUAAGCUGUAGUGUAGGAGAGAUCAACAAACACCCUGAGCACACACUAAACCUGACUGGAGAACCACGCAAAAGAAGAGACACCACAGUGGUGGUGACCAACAUCAAGCUUUAUAGUCUGCUUUUCUAAAACUACUGUCAUCUGCCAAAACAAUGCUGCACCUCAAGAAAUACUUUACAGAGGGCCUUAUCCAGGUGGCCAUCCUGCUGAGUCUCUGUGGUGUGAGGGUGGACGUGGAACUGGAGCCCUACCUGCCUUCCUCUUUGCAUGACAUGAUCCUGGGUCCAACCUCAGCCCUCACCCAAACACAGUUCCACAACCUCCGUAAUCACCUGGAGGAAGGCUUGCACCCCAAAAGUGUAGAACUAGAUGGGUUCUCCACAGCACAAAGGCUGCUGGGCUGGGUGCGCUCUUUGGACAGACUACACGUUCCACAUGCAGAACUAGAGACAUGGCUGGUCCAGCGGGAGCCAGAACCCCUCCCCAUAAGAUCUCCAGACCAGGCAUCCUUGCUGGAAAGAACUCCUGCUGAAAUAGAGAGAGAGUUGACUACUCUGCCUGCGGAGCCACAACCUGAACUUGAGGAUGAAGAGGAGAAAGAGGAUACAGAGACUUCCCUUCAGGAGUGUUUCAGGUUAUUGGAGGAGACCUUCCCCUCCACAGAGGAACAAUGGCUAAAUGAUGUUGGUGGUGGAGUGGAGGACCUGGAGAGUCAGCCCUCAGACAGAGACUCCCUACUGUUCCCCACUGAUAAUCCCUCCAUGGACUUUGAGCUCCAUUGGCAGGAUUUGCUAAAUAUCAUGGAACCUGAGAACACAGACAUGGACAUGGCAUCAUCAGACCACAAUCUAAGUUCAGGACUAUCUGGAACCUUUCGAGGAAAUGUGUCUGGAACAAUGUCUAACUGCUGUGACAAUCCUGUUACAGAGGCUGAUCAGGAGACUCAUUUGCAACAUGGUUUAUUAGAGCCUCAAGCUGAGUCUGAGCCAGUCCUGCUUCCAUUAACCCCUACUGCAGAAUUGGAUGACCACAACUCAGCAUUAAACACACAGGACACUAUGAAUAACAUUAAUGGACAUCCCUUGAAUAGUCCUCCAGACCAAACAGAUCUGCUUGCAGAAGAACCUUUAGAAGACUUCAGCAUGGAACUAAUGGAAGAAGAUAACAUUAUCAGUUUUUUAUCACAAGUUGAUGCGGGUAGGAUGGAACCGGAACAUUGUCCUGGCAUUGAUGUUAACUUUCAAUAUUCCAAUUCCACCCUACCUUUAGAUGGAAAUGUUAUGACCCAAGACCUUGUGGGAUCUCCUCCCAGUCACCUACUGGGGUAUGAAGACAAUGAAGAUGAUCUUCCUGUUCCACUUAGUGCACUUUUAGAGGAUGCUACCAUUUUGGAUGAAAUUAGAUUGUUGGACCAGGCUCUGGAGGAAGGAUUCAGUCCUGAGAUGGCAGCCAGAUUGGAAGAUGAAAGCUACUUCAACCAUGAACUAGCAGAACAGGAAAUUGGCAGUGAUGAUGACCACUUAGGCUCUAAGAUUGCAGUCAUAGAAAAUCAUGGUCGACCAUCACCACAUCAUCAUGGCAAUUCCACAGAUUGUGAGGAUGAGCUAGAUUCAGACUCUGGUCUAUCCUUGGACUUCAGCCACAGCCCUGCUUCUCCAUGUACUUCUGAGGCCUCCUCUUGCUCCUCUUCGUCAACAUCCUCUUCAUUUUAUGUCUCAGCUACGGGAAGUUCCUUCUCCAAAGAUGAUGAUGAAGAUUCUGAGGAAGACUUAGCUGGUUCAGAUGUGGAAGCAGUAUUGAUGAUAAAGCAGGAAGAGCUUGAAGAGGAAGACAUGGGGGCAGUAGGAGGAGAGAAUCAUGAAAAUAAGCUUGUUCCUGUCGACUAUUCUGAUCAUAGUCUGUUUCAUGGGUUUUCCUGGCUGGAGCAUAUUGGCCAUGAUCACACGUAUAACAUGCCCUGGUCCUCCGCCUGUUCUAUCCCCCUCGGCAAGAUGCCUACCAAACACGCUAAAUCGACUCGACAACGCGAUAGUGUCAAACCUUACCCACAGUCCUUUUCUAGAUCCAUCUCAGAGAACAAAAUUUGGAGUCGGGAUGAGCGCCGUGCACAAACCCUGAAGAUCCCUUUCUCCAAUGAGCUAAUUGUUAAUCUGCCAGUGGAGGAGUUUAAUAGCCUACUGUCCAAUUACCAGCUCAGUGAGGAGCAACUUACCCUUAUCAAGGACAUACGACGUCGUGGUAAGAACAAGAUAGCUGCCCAGAACUGCAGGAAGAGGAAACAAGAUGUGCUGUUGGGCCUGGAGGACGAUGUGUCCUCUUUAAGGCGGCACCGUUCACGUCUACUAAGAGAAAAACGGGAAACCCUAAGGAAUCUGCAGGAAAUUAGACGCCAUAUGGAAAUGCUAUACAAGGAAGUAUUUUCCAGGUUGACAAGUGAAGAAGGGAGUCCCAUGGAUGCUACAGAGUACAUGCUUCAUUUUAAACCUAAUGGAAGAAACAGUAAGAAACAGAGUCAAAGGGACAAGAAGAAGUGAAGAGAUAUCAAAAAUGUAAAGAGGUUCUUUAAAAGGAAGUGUGACCACAAAAAUGAAGGUGGUAGGUUGGUGAGGAAGGAACCCAGGGUCUUUUUUAAACAAAUAGUCCUGAGUGUCCAAAACCUCAAAGAACCAAGCAUGUUUCCCUAAGGGUCCUUACUUGUUGGCAUGAUUGAUGGAUUGGGAAAAUGGAAGUUGAGCAGGAAAUGGAAAAAGACUUGAUUUUGGCUUGUGUUAAGCUUCAGGGCAAUUUGAGUUUUUAUUUAAGUGGGUAGCGAACCAGGGACCAGCAUUCUAGAAUGCUAGUUUAAUGCCUAAGUAUUUCUUAUGCUUAAAAAUAUUGUGUUCAACAGCCAGUGUAUAGAAAACGGAUAGAAGGCCUGAUCCUUGCUAUCAGCUAAUAGACCCCAGAAGUCGUUGACACUACACUGACUAUGAGCCAGAGUACAUGAGUUGUUGAUAGGUAUACAGGAAACCUGCACAGGGAAGACUUGGAUUCAUGGAGCUCAAACCUGGGUAUAUUCAGUUCCUAGACUGCAUUGUACCCACACAGUACCCUCAGGACAACAAAGUUAAUUCCCCAAAACUUGAAGACAUAAGGUAGAAUAUUCAGAUGUAUAUUUUCAGAUCUAGGCACAUUGGAAGCUUUGUGGUAUUGCAUAUACCUUUUUUUUUUUGGCUAAAUAAGCUAUAUCAGUAGGUUGUAGCAUUUCAUAGGACAUAUCCAACAAAAAAAAAGAUUAAAUAUUAGCAACAUCAUGUGUCAUGAUUUAGAAUUAUAGGUGAGAACAAAUUGUGGUAGCAGCACUGUAUAUUGUUGAUGUUUCAGGACUGUUGGUUCAGAAUGUGUGUCAAUUCGGAUGGACUACUAUGUAAACAACCAGGAAAAUGAACAGAGAUUUGCUCAGACGUUAACACAACCAGAUGGACGUGCUGGCUGAUACUAUUGUCUAAAACACUGGGAAAUACAACUAUCAUGGCGGACGUUCAGUGCUUCACACAAUGUAAAGAAUCAUUGUCUGUGAUCCCUGUAAGUCAAAGAAAUGCAGUAAGACAACUACAUAAUCAGAAUCCUGUUUUUGAAAUUGAUUUUUUAAAAAAGGUGAAAUUUCCAACCUGCAUACAACCCUUGUUUGUAUUCUGUUAAUUCCCAAUGUGCUUGCUGGUAUUCAAGGACAUGGGAACUUAACUUUUUGUAAUAU